AAUUUGAAAUAGGUCGCCGACAAAGGAGUACCUUAAAGCAGUCUAGUCAUGAAUAAUGUACAAGGUGGAGGAGACAGGCUCAGAACACCAAUAUCUCCUCACAAUUGGAUCAUUGACCAGUUUGUUACUGCAAAUAUAAAAUAGUUCCACACCGACAUAUCACCUCCAAAUCUGGUGUGUAAAUAGCCCUUAUUCCCUCUACAGAAAGGCCCUCUGCUUCCUCUACAAAACACUUCAAUUUCUUGCUAAUGUGCGAUGUGUUAUACUUACCUGCACCUUCUCACAGUCUAAAAAAGUGAGUUAUUGGAAUUCAGAAAGUUGUUUUGCUCUUCAUACAUUUUCAACAAACUGGUCAUUUCCAGAUAUGACAGGUUCUAUGAAUAUUGUUGCCUGCCUUUUGGCCUUGCUUUUUGCAAGCAGUGCUGUUUCAAGCAAGUCUGUCCUGUUGGAUGAUCAUGGUCAUCAAGAUUUCAGGCCUGCUCACACGGUUGUCGACUCUCAGAGCUAUCACGUGGAAGAUUCUAAUGGACUGGGUUUUACACACCGUUUAGUAACACCCAAAAGGCUCAAGGGAACAGCAAGGAAACUAGCAAUCAUUAGUGAAACAAGAAAUGAGGAGAAGCAAAUGACAGAGACGAAGAGCAACAGUCUAGAUAAUGCAGUUCAGAGUGGUGGUCUACCUGCCAAAAGUACAGUUUACAAGCAAAGGGAUUCAAAGAAGAUUAAGCAUCUUCCCCCUUCAUCAUCAGGGAUCCAGACUAGUUUAAGCCUUCAUCAGGAGAACAAGUUCGUUUCAAGGGAUCAAGUGGCUAUUAGGUUCACAUUUCAGAAGAAAACAACAAGAGCACUAUUGGCAUCAUCUGCAAGGAGCCUUGAAGAAAGACCAAAGCAAGAUGCUUCUUCAACUAAAGAAGCAGCCAAAAGAGAUGAAGCUUCCUUCCAAGGGGCCAAACCAGCUUCCACUCCACAUGAAUCACAGAACUUCUCAACGUCAAGGUCUGCCACAUACCAGUCAAAUGAAACUGAUCUCUAUGACCUUGUGGACAUGGACUAUGGUAAAGUACACAGAAAGCCUCCAAUUCACAACAGUUCUUCACCAUAAAAUAAUUUAUGCAAGAGAUUUUGGGGGGAUUUUUUUGAUAUAUAAUAUUCUAAAAAGGAUAUGUAAGUGUAUGAUAGAAUAGAGGAAAUCUAGAGCACUACCAUAACUGUAUAAGACAGAGGGAUGGCGAUAGUUAUUAGUUGCGGGUCGGUUCCGACAUUCCAUCCCUUUUUGGAUAUAUGAUGAUAAUUUGUUGUAGUUGUGCACCAUAAUAGUUUUAUUCACAUUAUAUAUCAAGUAAAUAAA